GCCAAUGCGAAUGCGUUGAAAGUGACAGUUUAUCAAACAUCACUUUUGGUGAUCUUGAACCGGUGAAGUGAAUAAAUGGACUGUAGAACUAUUUGGUAACUCAACCUAAACACAGGCAGCCAUUGACUUUUACUGAUUUUUUAUUUUCUCCACAAUGCAAUAUAACGGAUAUCAACAUAACGUUGUAUAUCGUCCGCGCCCUAAUCGUGGUGAACAGUUUAACAAUAAACAAUCUAACUACUGGAAACCACCUACACAUUCUCUAGCUGCAGUCCAAGACUUCGGAGGGCCGAAUUCGAAACAACAAAACCCGCAACAGAAAGGUCACGAAGAUAAACUGGUUUGGGACAUGACCACCCUUCAACCAUUUCGCAAGAACUUCUACGUUCCACACAUGGAUAUACAGAACCGAUCUCAAACAGAUAUUGAUAGUUUCCGCGAUGAAAAAGCCAUUACAGUCAAGGGAACCAACGUUCCAAAUCCGAGUGAAUGCUUCGACGAAACUAAUUUCCCCGAUUAUGUAAUGCAAGAAAUUAUUAGGCAGGGGUAUGCAGAACCGACACCUAUACAAGCGCAAGGCUGGCCGAUCGCGCUCUCGGGACGCGACAUGGUCGGAAUCGCACAGACCGGUUCCGGUAAAACGUUAGCUUACAUGGUCCCAGCAGCAAUACAUAUCAACCACCAACAGCGUCCGCAAAGAGGCGAAGGCCCCAUCGUACUAAUCCUCGCCCCCACCAGAGAAUUAGCGCAGCAAAUACAACAGGUAGCGCGUGAUUUCGGCGCGCCAAGCAUGAUUCGAAACACGUGCGUUUUUGGGGGAUGCCCCAAAGGUCCGCAGGCUCGUGACUUGGAGCGCGGUGUCGAGAUUGUCAUUGCUACUCCAGGCCGACUAAUCGAUUUUCUCGAGAAGGGUACGACCAAUUUGCAACGAUGCACCUACUUGGUGUUGGAUGAGGCCGAUCGAAUGUUAGAUAUGGGUUUCGAACCUCAAAUCAGGAAGAUUAUCACGCAGAUACGGCCUGACAGGCAGGUUUUGAUGUGGUCGGCGACGUGGCCUAAGCAGGUGCAGGCGCUUGCUGAAGAUUUUCUCGUUGAUUAUGUACAGAUUAAUGUUGGAUCUCUUGCACUGUCUGCUAACCGGAAUAUUAGGCAAAUUGUGGAAGUAUAUGAGGAAAACGAAAAGGAAGGUAAGCUGCUAGGUUUACUGAAAGAAAUAGCUGCCGAUCAAAAUAACAAAAUAAUUAUAUUCGUUGAAACGAAAAAGAAAGUAGACGAUAUCACGAAAUGCAUUCGUAUGGAAGGUUACUCUGCCAUCUCCAUACACGGUGAUAAAUCUCAACCAGAACGAGAUUACGUUUUAACAGAGUUUAGAAAUGGCAAAGCAUCCAUUUUAGUUGCGACGGACGUCGCGGCACGUGGUUUGGACGUGGAGGACGUCAAGUACGUUAUUAAUUUAGAUUAUCCAAAUUCGUGCGAGGAUUACGUUCAUCGAAUCGGCCGCACUGGCCGUUGCGAGCAAGUCGGCACAGCUUACGCGUUUUUCACGCCAAAUAAUCAAAGGCAGGCUAAGGAUUUAAUAGCGGUGUUGGAGGAAUCUGGUCAGCAGGUUAAUCCGAAGUUGCGCGAGCUGGCGUCAAACUCGCGCGGCGGUCAGAAUACAAGGAAUCGUUGGCAAAACCGAAACAAAGACAACUCAUCACCGAACUCUAAUAAUGGUUCCGGCAAGAGAAAUGUGUGGAAUUCAAAUCGACUUUCUAACAACAUUGAACAAAGGCAGCCUUCGAUGCGUUACAACAACAACAACAUUCGUAACGGGGAAAUGUAUCAGAGGAAUAACAUGCGAAAUUCCGCUCCUCCGAUGGCAUAUUCGAAUGGUUACCAAAAUCCGAUGGGCAAUCAAGGGUAUCCACAGCAGAACGCAUAUGGUCCUCCACCGACACCACGAGGCUAUGGCCCUCCAUCUCGUAACGGCAACAUGAUGAACGGGCAACGUUACAACCAGCGGCAAGCGUUCUCUGGACCUCCCCCUGCUAACAGUCCAAAUAUGUAUCCCGUCGCGCCGCCCUACAUGAUGUCAGGUGUUCCACCUCCGGACGACAUUCAUUGCCUGAUCAAUCACAAAUUUUUCCAGAGCAACAGACCCCCGCCGACUAAUCCGUGCGGUUAUCAGUCGAUAAACCAACCCUUUAAUCAGUACUCGCCCCCUCUGCCGCCAUACGCUUACCAAUAUUCACAGCCGGCUACCGCCGUGCAACAGUAAGCUUGCGCUUACAAUCCCCUCACAAAUAUUAUAGUUUAGUUUCUUCCUCUUUUUAACGGGCUAAUGUUUUUUCGUUUUUUGUGUUUUACGUGCGCGGUUAAGUUAAUCGUUAAUUUCUCUUAUUUAUUAAUCAAAUUGUAGUGGUGGAAGUAUACUAGAAGUUUUCUUUUUUGUUUAUAGGAUAGCUUUGCUUAGUGUUGAUAUAUCUUGUAUUUAACUCCUAAAGGAGAGCCCUAUGCCAAGCCUAAUUCACCUUUCUCAAGAUUAUUUUCAAUAAUGCAUCCGUAUUCAGGCUGACAUUUCGUUUCUUUUCCAUUUAAAUAUUGGCACUUCUCGAUGACGCAUUAUUGAAAGUACAAAGUUGGCAAUUGAGGUGAAUACUCCGUACUUUAGAAAUAUAUACGUGUUAAUAUGAUGUUAGCUUGGACUGGAAAACUUGUUAAGGCAGAGGUGUGAAUGUCUCGCACCGUAAAUAUUUAAUAGUUGUACAUAUAAGUUUAAAUUCUCAAGGUUCCAAAUUUUGAUUGAGACGAGUUCCAGUCCCAGUUUGGCCACAACUUAUUAUAACUUGACCCCCCACACUUUGUGGUCACAACAAGUUUUAGAAGGCACUCCUAGUUUAUAAAUGUAGAUGUGUAAAUGUGUUCUCGUGCGAUUUUCAGCCGAGAUUUAAUGUAAUAGAAUUUAUAUCUGUAUGCUAUUGAAAUGCACGAAACAUAUAGAAGGGGGGAUCGAUAUUUAGUUUAAUUUUAGUACACGGUGCGAUACGACGCAAACCGUUUACGUCAAUCUGAUGAUCCUCUGCAAAAUUUUGUAUUUUUUACUGUGUACCUGUCCAGUGUGCAAGUGAUUCGUACGUCUUUAAUUUAUUACAGAAUACAAACAUGGCUGCUUGUGUUUUAGGUAAGUGUGUGCACACGACGGUCAUGUAAAUAUAUGUAGUAUCUAUUCGUUUGGUCUUUAAACCGUACGCGUGUUUUGCCUGCCGAUUACUGCAGCUGCGCAGUACGCCGAUCUGUGAUAUUUAGCACGUAACGGUAGCAAAGAAUAAUUAUAUUAACUUUCCGUGUUUGAGAGAAGACGCCGUUUGCUUUACGCAAUGUGUUCAAAAAAGAUACAUUGAUUGGAAUGUGAUAUUUUCUCUGAAGACUGAAAUAUCUAUCUAUAUAUUUUUUAGAUAUAACCCGCUCUUCGUCUUUGUAGACAGUAAUUUUUUCGUUUGUAGAUAUUUCUUUGGAAAGAUUUCUGAGCGUGCUCUCUUCACUCGGAACGAGUGCAAAACGUAAUAAUUGCGCGAAGUUAUUUCAUUAUUCUAAGGACGCGAACUGCGACGCGACUGAACUGAACUUAAAAAGGUUCUCUGUUAUUAUAUUACUACGAUAGGGUCCACGCUUGUUUUUCAAAACAAAUUAGAUUUUAAGAGAUUCGCAUAUUUAUUAUUUAAAUAUGAAACUAAAUCACUAUUCUCGCUUUGAUCCAUCUUUCUUUUUAUUAACUUGCAUCUCAUCCCAAAUAACGUUUAAGUACAACCUAUGUUUCCUUUACUUCGUGUUUUAGGUCUUAAGCUAUUUUCAGUACGUUGUAUAUAUUGCAAAUUUUUAUUCGAAUUGAACGUCACUUCUCGUUGAUCUGAUUUAAAGCGCCGAGUAAAA